AUGGGCCUCUGGAACAGGUCGAACAAGACCUCUAAUGUCGAUCUUCAGGACAUCACGACAACUACAGACCACGAAAAGAACACCCAUCCUGAAGAUGGACACCCAGCUGUCUCCGAUGAUGCCCUCCCCGCGGAGGAUGUCACCGAGGGUGUCAAAGACAUGGAGGCCAUCACCCUCGUUUGGUCCAAGACAUCUCUGAUCUGCCUCUUCAUCUUCAUCUGGCUCGUCUACCUUCUCAAUGCUUUCCAGAGCUCGACAGUAGGUAAUUUACUUCCCUAUGUCACCAGCGACUGGAGCGCGCACUCGCUUCUCAACACCAUCGGUGUUAUCUCCAGUUCAAUGACUGCCGCUGUCUUCAUUCCGCUUGCCAAACUCCUUGAUCUUUGGGGCCGAGCUGAGGGUUAUCUUCUGAUGGUGGGAUUCUGUGAACUGGGCCUGAUUCUGAUGGCCACGUCCAAAGACCUGUCGACCUACUGUGCCGCAAAUGUCUUCUACUCGGUCGGUUUUACGGGCCUGAUCUACAGUAUCGAUGUCAUGACCGCCGAUGCUACCAAUCUAAAGAACCGAGCCUUGGCAUAUGCCUUCACAUCGUCGCCCUACAUGAUCUCAGCCUUCGCUGGAUCUUAUGCUUCGGACAGAAUGCUGGUUGACAUUGGUUGGGCCUGGGGUUUCGGCACCUUUGCCUUCAUCACGCCUGUUGUCUGUGCGCCGCUGUAUCUUCUUCUCAAGAUCAACUUGCGAAAGGCCAAGAAAGAUAUUCUGCCAAAGAGAUCUAGUGGUCGAACAUUGAAAGAGAGCAUCUGGCACUAUACGCUUGAAUUUGACGGCAAGUUCAAAAUUAAGCUAUAG